CAUUUUGUUCCCGCCAUGCAUCUGCGCACUGGCAUCUCAAGUUGAAUCUCCUGCAUCUUCCGAAACUGAAGUCCAAAUGGAAGGCUGAUUCCUGAUUAGUCACCCAUCAAUUUGAAUUAGGGGGUCUCAGACUGAUAAAUUUGUGAUCAAAACAUCUCGGAGACAAGACUCAAGAGCAAAGAUUUACUGUCCCUCCUCAUAUUUUCAUUAACAAGAUGUCUGCACUUUUUGGCACUGCAACCCGAGCCACCAGUAAAAACCUGGUCGAGUUUCGGGCAGGCAAGAUGACCAUUGCCGACAAGCGGGUGACGCCCGACACCAGGAAGGGCUCUGUUUACGUUUACCAGUCAGAGGAUGGCCUCAUGCAUUUUUGCUGGAAGGACCGAAAGUCGGGUGUGGUAGAAGAUGAUCUCAUUAUUUUCCCUGACGAUGUCGAAUACAAGAGGGUUCCUCAGUGCACUACCGGAAGAGUGUACAUUUUGAAAUUCAAGUCGUCGUCGAGGAAAUUCUUCUUCUGGAUGCAGGAGCCCAAGACUGACAAGGACGAGGAGUACUGCACGAAGAUCAACGACAGCCUGAACAACCCGCCGACGCCUGGCAGCUCCCGGUCCAAUGUCUCCACGCCGGCCAACCUGCCGUCGGAGCUGUCCAAUCUCGUAUCUGGUGAGACGGACCUGCAGAACCUGCUGAGCGGCAUGAGCCAGCAGCAGCUCAUCAGUCUGCUGAGCGGCGGCAGUGUCGGCGGCAGCGGGCUCACCGGUCUUCUCGGUAACCGUAGAGGCGCAUCAACAAGGAGCCGCGCGGCCGCCGCCGCCGCCGCCAGCGCGGCCGAGACGCCCACGUCCGCGCCGGCGGCCACCCCGGCCCCGGCGGCGACCCCGGCACCGGCGGCGGCCGAGACCCCGGCCACGCCGGCCACCCCAGCCGCCCCGGCCGUCCAGCUGAGCGACCUGCGCAGCAUCCUCUCCAACAUGAACGUGCCGCAGCCAGCGGGCGGCGCGGGCGGUGGCGCCGAGGUGGACCUGUCGGCGGCGAUGACGGCCGAGGCGCUGCAGCCGGUGCUGUCCAACCCGGCCUUCCUGGAGCGGCUGCAGCAGUUCCUGCCGUCGAUCGGCAACAACGAGCAGCUGCCGCCGGCGCACAACCUGCGCGGUACCCUGCAGAGCCCCCAGUUCCAGCAGGCAUUAUCUCUGUUCUCGUCGGCCCUGCAGUCGGGCCAGCUGGCGCCGGUUAUCAGCCAGUUUGACCUGGGCGAGGCCGCCGUCACCGCCGCCGCCGCCGGCGACCUCGGCGCCUUCGUGCGCGCCCUGCAGCAGCAGCAGGACAAGAAAAAGGACGACGAUAUGGCCACCGAGUGAGACCGGUGCACCUCGCGCAGACCCACCCCCUCGGUGACACUUCUGUACGCCGCCAGCCGCGCGCAAAAUACAUGGCUACCAGCACGUUAUAA